GACGUGUCCCCUUCCACGCACUCGUGCCCCGUCAGUUGACCAAAGCUACCUGUGAAUUUAACAGUAGUGAUCAAUUUCUGUGGUGCGAAUUGCGUCUGGAGCCGAUAUCUUAACUUUUUGGACAUAAUACUCAAGGGUGGAUUUUUCACCACUUCACAGCCUGUAUGAUGAGUCAUCGCUUGUAACAAGGAGCUUGUAACUGUCUUUCAACAAUGAGUGGAGCUGCUUUGGGAAUUGAAAUUGUAGUUGUUUUCUUCUUGGCAUUAUUCUUAUUGCACCGAUAUGGGGAUUUUAAAAAGCAGCAACGAAUGGUUCUUUUUGGCACACUAUUGGCUUGGUACCUGUGCUUCCUCAUUGUGUUUAUUCUACCGCUAGAUGUCAGUACGACUAUUUAUAAUCAAUGCAAGCUUGACAGUGAAGAAGAUACUACACCUACAGCCGUGACACAGUCGAAUCAGUCUACAAGGAACAGCAGUGUCACCCCAGCACACAUAGUUCACAGAGAAUGUUAUAAGCCAUGGAGUUACAUUCCAGAUGGGGUUAUGCCUAUUUUUUGGCGUGUAGUUUACUGGACAUCACAAUGUUUAACAUGGCUUUUACUACCUUUUAUGCAGUCAUAUGCACGAUCAGGGGGUUUUUCUAUCACAGGAAAAAUCAAAACCGCCUUGAUUGAAAAUGCAAUCUAUUAUGGAACUUACCUCUUGAUCUUUGGAUCUCUGCUGAUUUAUGUUGCUGUAAAUCCAAAUUGGCAUCUUGAUUGGUAUCAAUUACAAACUAUUGGCAUCACUGCUGCAAACACAUGGGGUCUGUUUCUCCUUGUGCUCUUGUUGGGUUAUGGGCUAGUUGAAAUCCCACGUUCAUACUGGAAUGCAUCAAAACGUGGUCAUCUGCUGAUGAAAACUUACUUUAAAGCUGCUAAACUAAUGACUGAAAAAGCUGAUGCUGAAGAAAGUCUGGAGGAUGCCAUGGAGGAAGUUCGUAAAAUUAAUGAAUCUGUCAAGUACAAUCACCCUUUGAGAAAAUACAUAGAUACUAUACUUAAAAAGUGUCCAGCAGAAUACCAAGAAAAGAUGGGGCGCAACAUGGACGACUAUGAAGAUUUUGAAGAGAAGCAAAAUAUGUAUCCCAGUGAAAAAAGCCUUGUGAAGCUCCAUAAGCAAGUGAUAUAUGCAGUCCAGAGACAUAACCGAACUCGGGUCCAGUGGCAUAUACUUUUAGAACAGGCCUUCCAUCUGGAAGAUGUGGCUAAGAAUGAGGCUAGUGCAACUCACCAAUUCGUCCGGAGCUUUCCCUCCCAGGAGCCUGAAGGCUGGUUCUCCCGCUAUAUAUAUACACCUACAGUGGAGUGGUACUGGGAGUGUCUCUUGAAGCAGUGGUGCUAUCGAAUCCUAGCUGUGCUUCUCAGCCUGCUCUCUGUUGCUGUGGUUUGGUCAGAAUGCACUUUCUUCAGCACCCAUCCUGUCCUUUCUUUAUUUGCAGUCCUAAUUCAAGUGGCUGAGAGAACAUAUAACUACCUUUACAUUGAGAUGGCUUGUUUCAUCACAAUCUUUUUUCUUUGUACUUGUGUCUACUCAACAGUCUUUCGAAUUCGUGUCUUUAAUUAUUACUACCUGGCAUCGCACCACCAGACUGAUGCGUACAGCCUACAGUUUAGUGGAAUGUUAUUUUGUCGUCUUACUCCUCCUCUGUGUUUGAAUUUUUUGGGUCUGAUUCACAUGGACUCUGCUAUCUCUCACCAGAAAAAAGAGCAGACAGCAUAUACUUCUAUUAUGGGUUCCAUGCGAGUACUUUAUUUCAUUGCUGAUGGCUUUUAUAUCUACUACCCUAUGCUGAUAGUCAUUCUUUGCAUAGCUACUUACUUUAGCUUAGGAACUCGCUGUUUGAAUUUGUUGGGAUUUCAGCAGUUUAUGGGUGACAAUGACAUGACAUCAGACCUUAUUGAUGAGGGAAAGGAGCUUAUUCGUAGAGAGAAAAGAAAACGACAAAGAGCAGAAGAUGGGGAAAAUCGUAGGCGGGAGUGGAAAGAGCGUUAUGGAAAUCAACGAGAAGACUACACUCGCAACAGGAAUGUUCACUCAGAGUUAAAAGAAACCAGCUAUUCUGACACAAAUGCCACCAACACCAGUACAAACAGGCAAGCAAUGAAAUAUACCCGAUCUAACAGGCCGGACAGAGAUCGAGUUGAAUUACUACAGGAUGCAGAGCCCAUGGACUUUAAUGCAGAUACCUUUGCAGAUGAUGGACUUGAUUCUGAAUCUGGAAGGCAUCACCCCGGAGGCAGGUAUCUGUCUAUGUCUAGAAGUCGAAUCUUUGAUGAUGUCUGAAGUGUGGAGCACCACCAACCUUUAAAGAGGCAAGAAAAGAGUAAAACAGAACAAAAGGUGCUUCAGCCAUCAACAUUUAUGUGAAUGUAUUUAUCUAUUGUAUUUAUUUAAAUUAUGUGUUUUAUUGUUUGCUGCAGAGGUUCUUUUGCAUAUAAUGCAUUCUUUCACACAUAGGAAAGAGAAUUAUUGGAACUGUUUUUAUUUGUUUGCUCAUGUAAGAGUAUAAGAUAAGUUCAGCAGUUCUCACCUUCAGUUUUUGAAUGGCCAGUAUUUAUUUUCUUUAACAACACAAACACCCACAAAGAAAACCAACCCCAUGGUAGUAAAAUAGGUUACAAGGGGAUACUCUUUGUUAUAGGGGCAAAUUGUACAUAAAAUGUUAAUCUACUCAAGUAACUGUAUGAUAAAAGUAAUUAUUGACUCACAUAUUGCUUGAUAUAUUUUAUGACAAUACACCCACGGGUUUCAUGAAGACACUUUGUAGAUACUGUACAGUAUAUCUUUUUUUGAAAGAAUCAUAUUGUAAAUACUAAAUAUUAAAACACUUUUAUGGACGGUAUGUUCUUUUUUUGUCUUUUGCCGUUUCACUUUUUGUGUCUUUGUGAUCAUAUGUUAUGCUUCUGUCAAGAAGGAAUGUUUCAGCUUUCUGAAACCAAGUAAGUUUGACAUUUAAACUAUGAGGACUUCAUGAUUAUCCUUUCAAUGACUGUAAUUAUUUUGGUAAUUAUUUGAUUAUCGCUACAAAAAUACCACAUCAUCAGUUUUUGUUUAAUGUUCUUUUCCUUCUGUUAUAGAACAUUGUGCCACAACUGAAUGCAAAGAAUAAAAUUCUGGAAAAGCAUUCUUUUUAUUCAGAAUAAUAAAACACAUUUAUUCCUAAAAUAUACUUUAGUAUACCUUUGAAUGCAGGGAUACUUCUCUCAAUAGAAGCAGUGCCAACUAAUACACAGAGAAGUAGCGAGUAAGUAUAUAGGAUGUGUAUUUGGAGAGCACAGCUUUGCCACCUUGUGUGUUUCUUUUGUAUGAAUGGACAUGAACCGUCAGCCUUGUUUUUGUCUAUUUCAGUCUUUGUGUCUUUUCGUAUUCUUUUUAUUGUGCUGAGAGAAGCACUCAUCAGAUGUUGUCAUUCUCCAAAACUUUGCCUUUUUCCUCCAGUUUUCUGUGAAGUUUCUUUUUGGCAUGUGAAGUCUACUGGUUACUUAGUUGUUUUGCUGUGACAUUUUAAGGCUGACAAGAUUUUAAUAAUACAAAUGGAACUGUUUUGUUUAAUGAAGUAGAAUAUUAUGUGCACUGACCAGACUGAUGUUGCUUCAAAUGGAGGUAUCGUUGUCUUGCAUAUGAGAAAAUGAGGUUCUUAAUAAAAGACAAUUAGAAUAACUGUUCCUUUAAAUAGCGCUACCUAUCAGAUGCUCUCACUGUUUGAUGUUAAGAUAGAUAGCAAUACUGUUGUUCCUUAGUUACCUUGAAUCAGUUCUCCACUGGUUUUCCUUCUGUGUGGAGUUAGUACAUUCUCUCUGUAUACUUCAAUGACCAAAUUGUUCUUUCCACUAGUGACUUUUACUUGGCAUAUUGGUAUCAGUGUGCAUAGCAGGUAUGUCUAUUAGCUAGAAGGCUGUCACUUGUGCUGUUUUGUGCCUGGCACUGCCCAUAUAACUACUGGCUUGUGCACUUUUGACCAGCAAACAUAUCUACAGAAACUGACAAAUGGGUAGCAGGUUUAAUAGUCUUACUUUUCAUGUUUUUAAUGUUGAUCCUGCCACAAGGUGUUUCUUAUUAUAGUGCUACAGUAUAAAGACCCUUUUUAUCUAAGUGGCUCACAUUGUGUAAUCUGGUAUAGGAUGAAAACCUUUAUUGGUUAGUACUCGGGAAUAUGGCCAGCGGUAUUAACAUUUAGAGAUAUCUUAAAGUGAACUUCAGAUAUUUUGAAAUGCAGUACACAUCAUAAGAUAUCUGAACUGUGUUUCCAGAAAUCUCCAGAUAUGUUCCUUUACAUUUUAUGAUAUCUGCAAUAUAUCUCAUAUGCAUUUUAGUAUUUCUCAAAUACACUUUAUGGUAUCUCAAAAUAACUGCCAAACUCCAUUUCAGGAUAUCGCAGAUAUUUGGAGUUAUCUCAGGUUGACCUUGCAUGCAUUUUAAGAUGUCUGAAAUUGAUUUUGACCACUUCCUGUAGAAUUUCCUAUUCUUUUAAUUGAACUUCUUAUCUAAGAUAUUUUGCAAUUCUUUUGAGGUAUCUUAAAAUGUGGAGGAAGUUAUCUCUAUCUGCAAAUGAAUGAAUAGCAAUUUUGAGAUAUCUGGAUAUAUUUUGUAGAUGUCAGAGGUGAUAUUCAAAUAUCUUAAAAUAUGUCAAGAUAUCCUGGAAUGCAUUUUCAGAUAUGUGAAAUGGAGCAGGGGCCUAUUUUAAGAGGUCGUGAAAUUUAUUUCAGAUACAGUAUCUUGUAAUGAGUAAAUAUACCCAUUGUUUUUAAUGAAAAUGCUCUCUAUAAUAAACAUUGCUGCCCUUCUGUGUGUUUUUAGAUAAUAAUAGAAUUUUUUUUUUUCUUUUGGAUUAUUAUUUUUGUUUAGUCAAUCGAAAAGCAUGCAUUCAUUUCCCUAUUGAGAACAGUUGGAAUGAAAACCAGAUAGCAUAGCCUUGGGAAACUCAAAUUUAAAGUCUUAAAAGACUUCAGUAUUGAUACUAGUUUCUUUACUCUUUGGAAAGCAGCAUUUUUUCAGUGAAAGUUUUGGUGUGUUUUGGUUUUAAUAUUCUUUUUUUUUUUUUUUUUACAAUUAUGGAUUUUAGUACAUGUACAUAUUUAAAGGUGUAGUAUUUAUGGCUUGUACCACACACACACACACACACCUACGCCUGCACUUCAGAAAGAUUUCCCCUCUUUAACGUAACCACAUUUUUAUCUCAUCCAGAUGUGCCAAAAUUGUCAUUAGGAGUAGCAUAUUGGACCACCCAUGUAAGAAGCACAUGUAAUGAACUAUUUUUGUGCAGGAAGAAGGUUUUUGAAGCCUCCUUGUAGUGUCAGAGCAGCAUUUAUCUACUCUUAAGGGUUGUAACAGGCUUAUUUUGUGCAAACUGUGUGUGCUACUGUUAUUACUCUAUGUAUGUUUAUCUCACUAAAUGUAUUCAGGCAUUCAAAAGGGUUCUGAUGCAGAGCAGUGUUUCCCAUUUCAGAAGACAACAAGUUUUGAAAGAUUUCAUGCAAGACAUUUUAAGAUGUUACACAUAAAAGAACAAAUUUUUCCAGGUUACAUAGCAAUACUAUUUUAUAAUUACCCACUGCAGUACAAAAUGACACCACUUUUCCAACUUCUGAACUUGGCAGCAUCAAGAAGUAGGGAGGAGAACAGACCCCUUUAGUCUAUGAAAGGCAUUCCCGUGCAUUUCGGUCCAGUCAAGUUGAGGUGAACGUCUUUGACAUGUUGGAGGAUGUAGAUUAACUGGGGAACAAUAAAGAGCAUCAGAAUUUGAACCCAUUUUCUUGGACCUUUGAGACAUCCAGCAAAGCCCUGAGAAUUGUCAGCCAGUGCUAUUAAUGACCGUUUCAGGUCCAUGUACAUUCAGUUUAUUUAUAAGAAUCUUUUAUCCAGCAUUACAAAUAAAAAUUCAAUGAAUGAAGCUUUGUGCAGCCAGACUCCUACUGUCAUCACUUAUGCAACAUACGCACAUUCUCAAUUUGGCUUAAGUUUAGGGUCAUUGGGGUGUCACUGGUCCAACAGAGGGUACACACUUAAAUCACACUGGGGCCAAUUUAGUGCUUCAUAAAGAUUGUAAAUUACAUUUGGUUCUUAAAGUGAUCUCGGCACGGUGUGUGUGCCCUGUGGUGGGCUGGCGCCCUGCCCUGGGGUUUGUUUCCUGUCUUGCACCCUAUGUUGGCUGGGAUUGGCUCUAACAGACCCCCGUGACCCUGUAGUUAGGAUAUAGUGGGUUGGAUAAUGGAUGGAUGGAAAAUGGUCCGAACAAAAAGCUGACAUUAUGAAGUGCCAAAAGUGAAUUUUCUGUAAUUGCAAAAUAUUAUUAUUAUUAUUUUUGGAAAUCAUCUUGCUUUAUCAAUUGUAGGUGUAUAGUCCGCCUAAAUGUAUUUUCAUGUAUGUUUUGUAAAAUCUGCAAAGAUACUCUUCAUUGAGAUGCAAGUCAUGUAAGGAUUUUGGGGCUAGUUUCAAAUACUUUUACCUUAACCCAAACAUAAUUUCAAUUAUUUUAGAAAAUUGAUUGGGGUUGUGCAUAUUUGUGAGCCCCCUUGUAAUACGUACUGUAUACUGCACUCCUGUCCAGGAUUGGUUCGUUGCCAGGCUCAUUUUGAUUGUGUACAUUUUUGAAGUUACUAUAUAAACUACAUUCUGAAAUGUGUCUAAUCCAGUUGAGGCUUGUGGGACGCCGGGACCUAACCUGGUAGCCAUGAACCGAACAGCAUUCCCCACUUACACACAUCCACACUCACGCUGGACCACUUUGGUAUUGUCAGUCAGCGUAACCUGCACACUGCUGUAAACUGUGCCUAGAAGGCAAUUGGCUUAUGUGGAUGAAUGGAUUCUAAAAGACGGCUUAAGGCAAGUUGUGACAGACUUCAACAGAAUUCUUUAUUAUUAAAUGACGGCUACACUUUUGAGUGUCUAUACGUCUUUCAGUACUUUCACAUAUGAAGACACCUCUCGGUUUCCUGAUCCCAUUUUAAAAUCAUGGGGAAUGAAGGCUGUCCUGGCAGCAUCAGGCUUUAGGCACAAACUCACCCAGGUUGAGAUGGCCGUUCUUCACAGGCAACACUCAUGCCGGCCAGAUUUACACAAAGAAACCUCCAUAAAAAGAGGAUUGGAAACACUGGCAGCAACACAGCAGGACUGACUGCAGCACCACCAUAUGACCCCAUUCUAAUGGACUGACUGUUUAGGUUACUUUAGAUAAACUUUAUUAUCCUAGAGGGACAUUUUGGUGUACAGUGCCUCACAUAAACACUGUAAUAAAAAAAAAGCCUAUAAUCUAAUACUAAAUUAAAUAUCUGAGCCGGGCUAUGAUACGUACAAAUAAGUAAAACGUGUAGACGUGGUGUGAUGGCUGCUGUCAGUGUGGAGUUCCUGUAUUCUCCAAGUGUCUCCUUUAGAUUUUUCCAGACGCUCAGUUUUUCCCUCACAUUCCAUGUUCAGUUGCAUUCUGGUACAAGUGAGUGCGGAUGUCCUUGCAUUGUGUGUGCUGCUGCCUGGACAGGAUUCUGCUUCAUCUGACCUAAAUUAGGAACAGAUUUAACCUUUGGAAAACGUUGUCAUUUUGCAUCUUUUGCCAUUUUAUGUUUUGUACCCAGAAUGAAUGGAUUGUCUUUUUAUAUGGCAGUUGAAUUUAGUCUCUUUUUCUAUCCUGUGUGUUAAUUGUUCAGCCUUAAACCGUUUCCACAUUACACAACUUCUAGUCAGAGGGGAUUUAGAACUUGACGACUGCGGUUGCAGAUCUUGUCACCAGAUGCAUGUUAUUAUACGCUGCUAGCUAUGUAAGCCAGUGCGGUAAAAGCCCGGGGUCCUAGACACUAUUGAAAUCAUCAGAAAAAAAAUUGAAAUGUAGAGAUGUCAGGUAAUUGAAAGGAACAACUCUGGGCGUCUCUCUCCUAGGAGGAUUCUUUUUGCCGCUGUGCUCACCUCAUUUGUGCAUUAGCAGCUAAGCGACUUUGUCUUUCUUCGGAUGUUUCGUUUUGUCAACAUUCUGGCCUAGCUUGUGUAUUAGCGGCUAAGUGUCUCUUUCUUCCGAGGUUUCGUUUUGCCGCUGUGCUCGCCUCGCUUGUGUAUUAGCGGCUAAGCGAGUUUCUGUUUCCUCUGAGGUAGAGCCCUUACCCCGACUCCAUCUCUCACUUCCGGGACGGACGGACAGACAGACAGACAGACAUCCAUGCGUAGACGUUUAUAUAUAAGACUAGAAAUCGCAGGGUAUACCAAACUCCACAACAAGUAUUGUUUGCUGUCCCCUUUUUCUGACAGCCAAUAACAUGCUGCCUGAUGGAGCUAGCGCACGUGUGAAGGCUUUGCAGUUAUGGCGAGUUCAGCGCAAUCUCUUCCUCUCCCCCCCCCCCCCCCCCCCCCAUUCUGUCAUGGCAUAAUUAACACAAAACCUCAGCCAGACAACUCUUUCUACUUUGUGAGGUCCAAAACACCCAUGGUCCUUAAUUCUCAACAGUGCAUUAUGUGCAUUUUACAUCUGGGUGAUUGUCCUCCCCCGUGACUUAAGACAAAAAUCAAACUUGUUUGACUCAGUCGGCCUGAGGUACAGAAAAGCUGGGCUGAGGUGCUGCGCAUGUCACGGUUAUGAGCCUGGAAGACCACCCGCAAAUAAAGUCUGUGACUGAAAAUUACUGGAAAAGUCGUGAAAUGUGCCUAAUUUUAACACUUACACCAACACUUUGCAUAUUUUCAGCAUUUUGCUGCACUGUUUAAUGUUUAAUAUUUCAUUUUAGGCAGACGUGCGUAUAUUUUUCCAAUUUCCGUUCAGAUGCACUGCUUAUGUAAAUAUUUGACAUACACAAUGUUUAUAUUUUUCUCUUUUUCUUUUGACUCUGGUCAAUCUCAAAAAUCUUUACUUGGUGUACGGUUGUUUUGUUUGAACAUUACAACUUAAUUUUUCUACAUUUUUAUUUGCAUGAAUCCUUCAAUCACCUGUUUGUCGAGGGUUGUAAUGUGAGAUCUCAAACUCUUUAAAAUGUUUGUCACUUGAGAAGAUAAAGUUACUGUAUAAUUUAUUGGUGAAGAAUAUGUAUAACUGAAAAUUUAUUUAAUCACAGAAAGUGUAUUGUUGUGUGAUAAAUAAAGUCAAUUCUGUUUACCUUA